AUGGAAAUCGCUCAGAGUACAGACGACACAGAGCCUUUGGCGAGAGAUAAAGAGCUAGUCUGUCACAGCAGCAGUGAUGUUGAAACGUGUAAAAAUGCUUCGAAAUCUCGCAAGAAUCGACAAAGCAAGUCUGAUAGUACAACCCCAAGCACUAGUAGCGAUGCUGAAAGUACUUCGUCUUCGAGAAAGGGACGGAUGAAACCUCGCGCAGCUCGCAUUGAAAAACCAGUCUACAUGCAGGAAAUAUGGUAUAGCUGUGAAGAGGAACAACCUUUACUUCCAAAGGAUGAAGAAAACAGCAAUUUAGAUAAAGUGACAGUCAACAUCCCGAUAAAACAGGACGGAUCUGCAAAAUCGAUAUCUAAAGCAAGCAGCACACAACGAUUUUGUAGUGUUUUCAUCGUAUUCUUGCUGCCAUUGAUUGUCGGGCUAACUUUGAUUCUAUCUGUUAACAUAAAGUCAGACGUCGCAGCUCGUGAUAUCAAUCCAGUAGUGUUCCAUUAUUAUAAAAUUGGACUUAUCGCUGUUUUUAUUCUGUGGACCUUGUUGCUGGUUUUUAAACACAGCAAUCACAGAGCGAGGAAUGAAGAUUUUGAACCCCUUAUACCAAGUCACUUACUAAACGGUCUUGUACUUUUCGGGGUGUGUAAUACAACGUUCCAAGCUAUCGUGGGGAUUGACUGGACCAAAUGUUCUCGUACUAUAUCUGGAUUGGAUAAAAGCUACCUUGCUACGGCCAUUUUCGAGACGUUAUUCGUAUAUAUCCAGAUUUAUGUCUUUUAUACGCUUUCCCGACGAAGAAAACAAAAACUUUGGUUCGGGAAUUAUUUCACGAUGUUCACUCUCGCCAUAAACCUGACCCUUUGGGUUUGGUACUUUUGUGCAGGAGCAGCGAAGCACCCUGAUUUGAAAAACGUCACAUGGCUAAGCCGCUAUUAUUACGGCAAGAUUAAUGAAGACUUGUGCGCCACUAGUUUAAAUAACACUGGGAAUUCUUCUGAAUCACGAAAGCUGCACGAGUUUGUGAAAUGGAUGAGGCCGUAUCAAUACACGUUUGCCAUGGAAUAUUCUCUGCUUGCCUCGGCAUUAUUGCUACAUGUGUGGGAAUUUGCAACAUCACCUCCAACACAACACCACCAUCAGCCCGCUGCAAACGCUGAGAAAUGGGACGUUUGGCGGUUUGGAUUCAUAGCUGGCCUAUUCAGUCUACCUUUGAUGGGAUGUGCUGGUGUGCAUAGUCGUACAAACGCUGCAUUUUUCUACGGCGUUCAAGCAGUGCUGUUGUUUUUUAUCUUUGUAUGCAGUGGUAGAGGACUAUGGCUAUUUAGGAAGCAUUAUAAACGAGUUACGGACACCAAAGCCUUAAAAGUCGAUCUAAUUCUGCUGUGUGUUUCUGCCCUCGGAUUCUUUAUCCUCGACCUGUUCACAAUUUUCGUUUGCGUUGCCGAAACGUUGAAAUCUUACCAGGGUGACAAGUUUAUGUUGGCUUUGACUUCGCUUGGAGAAUUAGUGACAAUCACCUGCCUAACUGCAUUUGUUUUCGCCUCGUACUUCUACGAAAUGCCUUUGGCUUUGUCCGAAGAUGGAGAUAAAGCAGCCAAAGCCAUUCGCCAGAUUGCAUCGUUUUGCAUAACAGUGAGUGUUGGCUUUUGGUUAAUUCGUACAUAUACCUUUCGAAGUAAAGAUUACUUUGAUUAUGUCGGUUGGACAUAUUUUGGCCCGACGGCUUGGUUUGCGAUUACGCUGUUCUCCACACCGAUGUGUAUAUUCUACCACUUCCAUUGCGCGGUGUGUCUGUCUGGGAUGAUUGCUGAUUCUUCUGGAGUACAGUAG